GAGGCUCCGCCGGCCGGACUCGGGGGAGGAUGCUGCGGCAGGGGAUCCACAGCGGGCUCCAGGCGCUGUGCUACAAGCUGGGCUUGUUCGUGAGCCGGCACCCCGUGUUUUUCCUCACCGUGCCCGCAGUCCUGACCAUCAUCUUCGGCUUCAGCCUGCUCAGCCGCUUCCAGCCCGAGACUGACCUGGAGACCCUGGUGGCCCCCAGCCACAGCCUGGCCAAGAUCGAGAGGAGCUUAGCGGGCAGCCUCUUCCCCCUGGAGCAAGCCAAAAGCCAGCUCUAUUCGGACUUGCACACGCCGGGGAGGUAUGGCAGGGUGAUCCUCCUCUCCCCAGCCGGAGGGAAUAUUUUGCACCAGGCUGAUGUGAUCCUGCAGAUCCACCGAGCCGUGCUGGAAAUGAAGGAUGGAAGGAGCAGUUUUAUUGGACACCAGCUUGGAGGGGUCAUGGAGGUGCCAAACAGCAAGGACCAGAGAGUAAAAUCAGCCAGAGCCAUCCAAAUCACCUACUACCUCCAAACCUACGGCUCUGUUACCCAAGACCUCAUUGGUGAAAAAUGGGAGAGUGAAUUCUGUAAACUAAUGCGCAAAAUGCAGCUGGAUCACCCAGACCUGCAGCUCUUCUCACUGGUGUCCUUUAGCCUGUGGAAGGACUUCCACAAGACCAGCAUCCUGGCUAGGGGCAAGGUUUUGGUGAGCCUGAUGUUGAUUCUUGUGACUGCUACCCUCUCCAGCUCCAUGAAGGACUGCCUACGCAGCAAGCCUUUCCUUGGGCUCCUGGGAGUGCUUACUAUCUGUAUCUCCAGUGUCACUGCGGCAGGGAUAUUUUUCAUUACUGAUGGAAAAUAUAACUCUACUCUGCUGGGAAUCCCUUUCUUCGCUAUGGGUCAUGGAACCAAAGGCGUGUUUGAGCUACUUUCAGGAUGGCGCAGAACCAGAGAGAAUCUGCCAUUUAAGGAUAGGGUAGCAGAUGCCUACUCAGAUGUCAUGGUCUCCUAUACAAUGACAAGCUCCUUGUACUUUAUAGCCUUUGGAAUGGGUGCCAGCCCCUUCACCAAUAUCGAGGCUGUGAAAAUUUUCUGCCAGAACAUGUGUGUCUCCAUCCUAUUGAACUACUUCUAUAUUUUCUCCUUCUUUGGCUCCUGCCUAGUUUUUGCUGGACAGCUGGAGCAGAACCGCUACCACAGCAUCUUCUGCUGUAAAAUCCCUUCAGCAGAAUACCUGGACCGGAAACCCGUGUGGUUCCAAACCAUGAUGAGCGAUGGCCAUCAACAUACCUCUCAUCAUGAAACCAACCCGUACCAGCAUCACUUCAUCCAGCACUUCCUACGAGAACAUUACAAUGAGUGGAUUACUAACAUCUACGUCAAGCCAUUUGUAGUGAUACUGUACCUCAUUUAUGCCUCUUUCUCCUUUAUGGGGUGCUUGCAGAUCAGUGAUGGGGCCAAUAUUAUCAACCUCCUUGCCAGUGAUUCUCCAAGCGUCUCUUAUGCCCUCAUCCAGCAAAAGUAUUUUAGCAACUACAGCCCAGUGAUAGGAUUCUACAUCUAUGAGCCUCUUGAAUACUGGAAUGGCACUGUACAAGAAGACUUAAAAACACUGAGCCAUGGGUUCAAUACAGUGUCCUGGAUGGAACAGUACUAUCAAUACCUGCGAGUUAGUAACAUCAGUGCCACUAACAAAAGUGACUUUAUCAGCAUCCUCCAGAGUUCCUUUUUAAAAAAACCAGAAUUCCAGCACUUCAAAAAUGACAUAAUUUUCUCCAAGACUGGAGAUGAGAACAAUAUCAUUGCUUCUCGCAUGUACCUGGUGGCUAGGACUAGUGAAAACACACAAAGAGAGGUGGUGGAAUUGUUGGAGAAGUUAAGACCGCUCUCUCUAAUCCAGAGCAUCAAGUUCAUUGUGUUCAAUCCUACUUUUGUUUUCAUGGACCACUAUGGUUUAUCAGUAACUAUGCCCGUCCUGAUUUCUGGCUUUGGCAUCCUGCUGAUGUUAAUACUGACCUUUUUCCUGGUUAUUCAUCCUCUGGGAAACUUCUGGUUAAUUCUCAGUGUCACCUCAAUAGAGCUGGGUGUCCUAGGUUUGAUGACUUUAUGGAAUGUAGACAUGGAUUGCAUUUCUAUACUGUGCCUUAUCUACACUUUGAAUUUCGCCAUAGAUCACUGUGCACCCCUGCUUUAUACAUUUGUAUUAGCAACCGAGCACACCCGAACUCAGUGUAUAAAAGACUCCCUCCAAGAGCAUGGGACAGCCAUUUUGCAAAAUAUUACUUCUUUUCUUAUUGGGUUGGUCCCCCUUCUCUUUGUGCCUUCAAACUUGACCUUCACACUGUUCAAAUGCUUGCUGCUCACUGGCAGUUGCACACUUCUGCACUGUUUUGUUAUUCUCCCCGUCUUUCUAACCUUUUUCCCACCCUCCAAAAAGCACCACAAGAAAAAGAAACGGGCUAAAAGGAAGGAGCGGGAAGAAAUCGAAUGCAUAGAAAUUCAGGAGAAUCCUGAUCAUGUAACCGCAGUCUGAAAGGCUUAGAAAAAAUAAUAUAUUAUCUUUUUAAAAAAGUGUUGCACAGAGAUGCAGGGAAAAUAGAGCAAAGAUCUCAGCUGCUUGCGCUGGCCAGGUGUAACAAGAAAAAGGAAGAUCAUGGAGGGGUGUUCAUGACAUGUCAAGGUGCAAACUCUUUUUUUCUAACAAAAAUAACAAAAGUGGAAAUAAUUUUAAAAGUUUUCUUUGAAUCCUCAACCUCUGCUAAGCAAGAAUUUAUUGGCUAUUAAGCAUUCUUGAAUCUCCAACUCUAGUUCAAAUUGAUUAAGCUGGCCCAUGUAGGACUGAAAGUUGGGGGUGAGGGGAAAGAGCUACCAAGAAUAAAAUAAUGUAAGCUCCAAGAGUUUGAUAACGUUGCUUAGAAAAAAAGCAACAAGCAUUUCCAAUGAGAAAAGAAAAAAAGGGAAAGUAAAAAAAAAAAAAUUCCAUGAUAUUUUUUUUCCAGAUUUCUUUUCCUGAACAAGGUGGUUGAAGUUAAACCUAUGCAUUUGGGAAGUAGAUAUUUAAACCAGUCCAAGCCAAAGUACUUCCCAACACAAACAUACUAUGUAUAUCUCUGUACCACAAUUAAAAUGUUAUCAUUAGUUAAGAUGGUAAAUCUAUGCUGCUAUGUGACACAGAUACUGGAUAUAUGGGAAAGGAAAUGAUUGCAGGCCAAUUGGAAACACAAAACUUGGUUUCUUUAAAACUGAAUUGGACUUUUUUCCCAAUAUGGUGAUUGUGAACCCUAUAACUGAUGAUUACCAUAAAUAUAUUUUGACAUCUGUGAAUUCUGGAAUUCCCCUUGAAUUAAUAUAUCUUGUUAAAUUAACCCAGGCCAUUAUUACUGCAAUAGUAACUGCAGGUAGUGCAGAGUUAUACUCUAGAUUCUGAAGUUCUCAGUGUUAACAGUGAAUACUGAAUAUCAACUGAGCAGGUGUUUUAAAAUAAUGACGGAAUUACAUAUUACCAACAUAGCAAUGUGACUGUGCUAUAGAUGAACCAGUUCUGGAACACACACAGUAUAUGCGUUACCUAUUUGGUUCAAGGUGCAGAGGUACCUAUUUGCUGGUACGUAUAAUAAACUACCAAAUGUGGGGUUUGCACCUCUUUUAUCCAAAAAAGGUCAGUAGAAUCUACAUUUUGCCACCUGCGAAAAAGAAUAUUUUAAAGUUUGUGUGGAGUUGAACAUGCCCCAAACUAUAAGGAGCCAGAUCGGUCCUUGGGGGGGAAUGUUUACCAUUGCUAAAUAUUUGGGUGUUACUGUCUGCACCAUAAAGCUUUGUUAUGGCUGUUGAAAUUUAAUAGAAGUAUGCAGUAAAUCUGCAGUUACUGCAUGAUACUAGAACUAUGCUGUAAAGUAUUAUGAAAUAACAUUCCCAGCUUUGUAAACUAUACAGCUUAGAAACGCAACAGAAGGAAUGAAAAGAGACCUAGCCAGUUUUUACGUUAAGCACUUGGGGCUACAUUCUGCCCUCUAUUUUGCCACGUACAUCUCCCAUUUCAAAGAGUUCUUUAAAAGGGCUUGCUUUAUAAACUCUUGAAUACAGUCUAGCCUCACAUCAAUGAACAACGUCUUCCUGAAUAUAUGGUAUCCGUGGGGGGAACUGUAUGCAGAUAUCAUAGUGGGAAAUGUUUGUUAUGUCUACUUUGUACAGCUUGGGGGUUCCUUUUAAAAGAUGUUAGAUUUGUUUAUGUCCAGAACCGUGAUAUCCUUGCAUAUAUUUGUAUUUGUGGCUGACUAAUGCUAGAUCUUAGCUUCUGAUCUGACAGACUGUUACUAAUGGGUGUGUGCUCACAUUUUCUACUAGAAUACUCUCUGCAGCUUACUCUUGGUUCCAUUAUGUCUCUUUUCCCUCUUGCACUGAUUUGUAGUGGUUGGGAGCCAGGGAUUUUUCACUUACCCUGUAAAAGCCUUCUGCUUCCUUGUUGUAGAGUUCAUUGAUGAUUUCCUUUGCUAGGCAAUGCAAUUUCCCCCUUCUCAUUCUAUUCUUCCAUGGUUACCUCUACCAUUUGAUAACUGUUGGCUCAACCUUUGGAUUUUAUAUGUAGGUGAAACACCUGUGAAAUCAAUCAGAGUUUUUGCUUGAAACAGGACUUUGGGAAUGGUGAGCCUUUAUAGGAAAAAUAGAGAUGGACCAAAACUGCAAGGUAUGAAUCGAGAUCCAAAGUUCAGAAACUUCUAGAUCCAGGUUUUGGUUGGCCCAAAUUAUACAGGGGCAAAAACUGAGAUCUGAAUAAAAUUGUACUAGUAUUCAGGGCUGGAAAUGUUCCAAUUUAGGGUCCUGAUUUGGACCCAUGUGUAAUUGCAAGGCAUUAUUGACUUUGGUUUGAAUCUUUAAGAUGUGUAGUUGCCACCCCUUUCAGGAAAUGUACCGAUGAACGGCAGCCUCCUCUUACAUUUCUCUUCAGUGAUCCAUAUAAAUUUGAACC